AUGUUGCCUUCUGUGCAAGUUUUUGUGACAGGGGUUGAUGGCCGUAAGCAUGUUUGUCGUGCCCUACUGGAUUCUUGUUCUCAGAUAAAUUCAAUCACAAGCAAAUUCGCUGAUCAGUUGGGUUUGUCUCUCGAACCCUCACACGUGAAUAUCAUCAAGCGUAUUGGGGCAAACACAACAAGUACACCUCAUUCAGUUCACGAGGAAAUUCAGGAUCGCAGUGGCAUGUUUUCAAUGGUUUUGGAGUUUGUCGUCAUGCAGCAUAUUACCGACCAUCAACCAGAGAUUGAAGUGAAGGUACCCUACGCAAUUCCUGGUCACAUCACUCUGGCAGAUCCGGACUUUGGAAAACCCGGAAAAAUCGAUAUGUUACUUGGAGCCGAAGUCUUUAUGACUGCUAUUCGUGGACACAAGUUUGCCGGGUCUCCCACUCUACAAGAAACGGUUUUCGGAUUCAUUGUGGCAGGCUCAAUCCAGACAUCAGCUUCUCAAACAAUCCCGAACUCUCAUGUAGUUACGUGUCUGUGUUCAACAGAAGACAGCUCAUUGCUCGAUCGAAUGGAGAAGUUUUGGAUUCUCGAAGAAGUUCCAUCUGAAAGAGUGCUAAGUCCGGAGGAGCAGAAAUGCGAAGAACAUUUCACAUCACAUGUCCAACGCAAUGCCGAUGGAAGGUAUGUGGUCCGUCUACCUACUCGCGACAACGUACAUGAGCUAGGAGAUUCCCGACAAAUGACUGAAAGAAGAUUUCGAUGCGUCGAACGUCGACUACAGCGGGACGAAAAUCUCUACGUGCAGUACAGGGACUUCACGCGACAGUAUGAAGCUCUCGGACACAUGCGCAAACUCCCACUUGGAUAUUCAUCACCAAUGCCAGAGGUUUAUCUGUGUCAUCACGCAGUAGUUAAGGAUUCUGCCACCACUCCAGUAAGAGUUGUUUUUGACGCUUCGGCAAAAACAUCUUCUGGGCUCUCAUUGAAUUCUGUGCUCAUGGUUGGAGCGAAAACUCAGGAUGAUCUAUUCGAUAUUUUGAUCGAGAUUCACAAAGAUGACCAAAAUAUGCAGCGCAUUCUCUAUCGUGAGUCACCAAGUCAGCCACUUCAAACAUAUUUGCUGUCAACUGUGUCUUAUGGCACUGCCAGUGCUCCAUGUCUUGCAACUAGGAGUCUCCUACAAUUGGUACUAGAUGAAAAUCGUAAUUAUCCCCUCGCUGCAGCAGUAGUUGAAAAGGAUUUUUACGUGGAUGACCUCCUAACCGGAACUUCAGAUAUGGAGAGUGCUCAGAAGCUCAGAAAAGAACUCACAACAAUGUUGCAGGCUGGAGGAUUUGUACAGAAAAAAUGGUCAUCGAAUUCAACAGAAGUAUUGGCAGAAAUCCCAGAAGCGGACCGUGAGCUCAACUCGUCUCUCAAUUUGAACACAGAAGAAAUCGUAAAAACGCUGGGACUCAACCUGAAUCCCACUCUGGAUAUAUUUUGGUUUACAACAACAUCCUUUCACGAAACCAUUACGAAGAGAACAAUGCUCUCAGACAUAGCAAAGACAUAUGACCCGUUGGGUCUACUGUCUCCCAUCACAGUAACAGCGAAAAUCAUGAUGCAGUCUCUAUGGGACAUCAAGGUCGAUUGGGAUACACCACUCCCGCCGGAAGUGUGUGAAAGUUGGAAGCAGUAUCAGCAAAACUUGAAGGAAGCUGUGGCAAAUAUCAGAGUUCCCAGGCAAAUCACAAAUAUCAUUCAACCCACAUCAAUUCAGCUGUUUGGAUUCAGUGAUGCUUCAGAGAAGGCGUAUGCAGCGUGUGUAUAUGUGCGAGCCACAGAUGCACAAAACAAAAUUUCUUCUCGAUUGCUAUGCGCCAAAACUAAGGUUGCACCACGAAAAUCAGUAACUUUACCACGAUUGGAACUAUUGGGAGCUACGUUACUAGCCAAAUUGCUCAAAAGACUCAAGAAGAAGAUGACUUUGCCGAUCGACUAUGUUCACGCCUUUUCAGACUCGACAAUUGUUCUUUGUUGGAUUCAAUCAGAGCCACAAAGAUGGAAAACUUUUGUAGCUAACCGAGUGGCACUGAUUCAAGAUGUAGUUCCAUCGAUCAAUUGGCAUCACGUAGUAUCUCAGGAGAAUCCUGCAGAUCUCGCGUCUCGAGGAGUUGGAACAUCAGUUCUUCUCGAAGAUCCUAUAUGGUUUCACGGGUCAUCUUGGAUCACUGACGCAGACAUACAGUUCCAGAGUCUUCAGGAUGAUGAUCAAGUUGAUGGUGCUCACCUUGAGAUGCGCAAAACUGUGUCUUUGGUGAGUACAAAUAGUUUCUUUGCUGAACUCAUCGCUCGUUUCUCCUCCAUGCGCAGGCUCGUACGAUUCGUGGCCAUAUGGCAACGUUUUAUCAACAAUCUGCACAGCAAGGUCAAAGGGCAAGAAUUAACUUCUGGUUGUUUGACUCCAACGGAGCUUAAUCAGGCCCGAAACUUCCUCAUGCGUCAAGUUCAGAUGGAAAUCUUUUCAGAGGACUAUCAUGAACUCUCAGAAAAGGGAUAUGUUUCCAAGGAAUCUCGGAUUCGCAAUUUGACGCCAUUCUUGGGCAAGGAUAGUAUCAUCCGAGUUGGAGGAAGACUGCGAUAUGCACACGUUCAUGACAACUUUAAACACCCAAUCAUCAUCCUAGCUCAGCAUCCUAUCACUAGACUCAUCGCCCUGGAUGCUCACGAACGAACACUCCAUGGAGGUCCACAUAUGAUGCUAGCCUACAUACGUCAAAUGUAUUGGCCACUCAGGGGAUUAGACACACUUAAGCGAAUUGUUCGUGAAUGUGUGACAUGCUUCAAGGUGAAACCUAAGACUGCGGAACAAAUCAUGAGCGAUUGUCACAGUUCACGAGUCACUGCAACAUUCCCGUUCUUCCGUACUGGAGUGGACUUCUGCGGACCGUUUUACAUUCGAACUCCAGUGCGUUCCAAAACCCGUUUGAAGAUGUACGUGGCAAUUUUCAUAUGCCUUGCUUAUCGCGCAGUUCACAUCGAACUUGUUUCGGAUUUGUCAACCGGAGCAUUCAUCGCCAGUGUCCGACGAUUUGCCGCACGUCGUGGAAAUCCAUCUCAAAUAUUGUGCGACAAUGCAACCAACUUUGUUGGAGCAGAUCGCGAGUUGCAUGAAGAUUUAUCUCAAGUUCCUGAGAAUCGUCUCAAAGCAUGGAAACUUAUCCAGCAAAAACUUCAGUGUAUCUGGUCUCGUUGGUCAAAAGAGUAUCUAAAUACUCUACAGCAGCGUAAAAAGUGGACCGCUCAACACCCAUCGUUGCAACCCGGCGAUUUGGUGACAAUCAAGGAGGAUAAUCUACCACCCAUGAAGUGGAGUCUUGGUAGAAUCAUCGAAUGCUUUCCAGGAGCAGAUGGCCACGUGAGAGUGGCUACAGUCAAAACCGCCACAGGUAUUUACAAAAGAGCCAUCGGAAGACUAUGCCCACUACCAAUCAACGAAGAUCUUCAAAAACCUACGUUUUCGACCGGUCAGGAUGUUGAAGGACAUGUCCAGGGACAGUCGUGA